CUGAGGAGUUAGAACUGCGAUAUGGAGCUGGAUAUGUUUGUACCCAAGUCUAAUUCAGAACACUCAUAGCGAUGGAGGCCUCUACCUCACUGCAUUACUUUUGUGAUUGCAAAGAAAUGACGUCAGAUGGGAAGCGCGAAGUCCUCGCGACUCCACGUGAGCCGGAAGAAAUGAUUGGUCAGCGGCCUAGACAGAGCUUAGAAAUCUGACUCCCCUGGCGCAUUUCGCCAUUGGAAACGGAUGACCGAAUUCAGGUCAAUUUAGCCGACGAUCUAUUUUCUUGACUUGAUAAUUCACAACCACGAAUUAAAAUCACCUAGACACGAUGGACGCAGCUCAAACAACAAUCUCUUCGCCCGUGAGCGCCGCCGCAAAUGUUGCGUCCCCUUCCACCACAGCUGCUAGCAAGCCCAAGCCCUGCUGUGUGUGCAAGGACGAGAAGGCCAAGCGUGAUGAGUGUAUGCUCUUCUCCAACGCAAAUGAUCCUGCCGCAGACUGCAAAUCCCUGAUCGACCAGUACCGAUCAUGCAUGUCGGGAUUUGGGUACCAGGUGUAAAAGAUUCACAGCUUCACACGAUGGAAUGACUUCGGCCAUGGAAUAUAGCCGUGUAUAACAGAUCGAUAAAUGUAGAAUAAAGGGCAAUCCAUGCAUGUUCCCCUCCGGAGAAUAUGGUAAACAUUGAUGGUCAGCAGUGGCGUGAUAUGUCCAUUUAACUAGUAAGCGAUGCACAUUCGCAAAGACUUGUCCUUGAGGGUCUCCGCGUCAAUGAGAGUAGCGCAA